AGAGAGAAAGAUAGACUACUUCAAAGAACUUGUACUGUCAAUAAUUCCAGAAAAAUAUAAAUAAUUAUGUGACAUACUAUUUUGACUGUCUAUAUUGUGUAAAAAAACUAUAUAACAAGAAAAAAUGUUAAAAUUCCAAAUGUUUAUAUAUUUUUCUGCAAUACUUUGUAUAAUACACUAAUUAUACUUAUCUCUAAAUAAACUUUUAUUUUGUUUUGUACAGAAAUAUGAAAAUAUAAGCAGGAAAAAAGCGCAAAAUUGUAUCAUAAUUUUUUGAUUUGUUUAUAAAGUGAAUUUUUGGAAAAUAAAAAAUGACAUCUGUGCCACCAGUGAAACCUCCUCGAGGAAUAAAACACUCGAAAGAGACGAGUGGGCUCUUAAUAACAGUAAUCAGAGCAUUAUCAGCCAGUGAAACAAAUGAACAGAGAGAAGUUGAAAAGGCGAAACUUGAGAAAGAGUAUAAGAGAAGUGAUCAACGUUUAGAUGAAUUGGUUUCACUGCAUGAUCAGGAUCUCACUGAAGUUAUGAAGAUAUUUACUUCAUUAUCCGAAAAAGUGACACUCGCAAGAGAGAAGAUUCACGCAGUUAAGGAGAAUUUAAAUGCCUGUAAACAGUUACUAGGAUGUCGAAGAGAUGAAUUAAUGAAAUUAUGGUUGGAAGGUGUCGAGCAUAAGCACGUUUUACAGCUUCUGAGUGACAUAGGUGAUUUAAGAGAAGUUCCCCUACAACUAAAUGUUUACUUGGAAAAAAAACUUUAUUUACACGCAACGCAGCUUCUUAUGUCUUCUUUAUCGACUGGAGAAGGAGUUCUGGAAGGCGUCGAAGCACUUCGAGAAGUGAGAACUGAAUUAGAAGUUAAAAAGCAGCAAUUGAAUGCAACAUUGCUUGAAGAGUUGAGUAAAAGUUUGUAUUACGAUUCUACUGUUGAAAUGCCUUUGCAAAGGCACGGCUCCUACAGAGACUUCCAGAGGGGCAUCGAAUUGAGAAAUUCAAAGGGAAGUAAAAUUAAAAAAAGUUUUCUUGAUGUAACUCCAUUCCCUGGCGGAACAAGUAUCAGGCGCGCGAGUAAUGCUAAUUUAGAAGACUUGGAUAACGUAAUUGAAGAGGAGGAGACUAAUGGAAUUGAGAAAAGUUCAGAACAUAUUCUCGCAAUCAUAAUCGAGUGUUUUGCAAUUUUGAACAAAGUACCCGAAACAAUAGAGGCAAUAAAGUUACAAAUGAAAACGGAGUUGUUGGGCAUCGUGACGCGAACAACGAAAAAUAUUAUAGAAUCACACAGGAAUAAAACAUCAAUAAUUCCACAAAUAAAUAUUGAAAAUGAUAGCAUAUGUAUUCCCGAAUCUCAAGGUCAAUCGUUGCUUCUUGAAUUGUUGCAAACACUUUUCGUUCAAUGUCGACUGGUUGUGACUGCACAUUCAACAGCCUUGCGAAGUUUUUCUCAUGUCAAUAAAAAGUAUAAUCUACAAGUUCAAUUGUAUAGUAUAAAAGAUGUCUGGAACAAUAUUCAGGAAGUGUUUCAGAUAUUGUUGACUGAAUAUCUAGACGUUGAGAAUAUGGUAGAAGACUCUCUUCAAGCUCCCAACGCUAAUUCUCUGAAUGAACAAACGAUGGAUAUUAAUGGAUAUUUCGCUAAACGAAAACCACCGAGACAAAAGACUGGCUCGUUGUUCAAAUUCGAAUCUUCCACACAUCCUGCAUUUAUGAACAGUUAUCUCAAGGAACACAAAUAUAGUAAUCUCACAUUAACUGAAAAUACACAUUCAGUAGAUGAGAAAAGACUUGUGUGUGAGCCGGAUCCGAAAAAUGUCACUCUCAUCUUUCGGCCAAUGAUGCAUUUCAUAGAGGAAAUUGAACAGGCCUUGGGAAAUUCAUCAGGAAAUCCUUGCACGCUGAAUAGUUUCAUUGCUGAUUACGUGAAGGAAAUGUACCUAGCAAGGCAUCAUGUCCAAGUAGCAACAGCGAUUGAUGCAGCUAUUAGAAAUCCCAGUGCUUGGUCUGCCAUGACAUCACCGGAGCAAAUGCGUAGUAUUGGAUUGGCCCGACCCUUGUUGCAGAGUACGGUAAAAGUUGAACAAUGUGUUGAAGAAUUGCGAUCACUAAUGAUUGCUCUGCCUUUACAAGGAGAACAUUUUUGCACUCUCACAUUAAAUGUUUUGAAUAACUAUCGAGAAACUUGUCAAAAUGCCUAUCGAGAUAUCGUUCAACCCGAUGGUGAAGAUAAACAAAUUUGUUCUGCAGCCUGGCUGAAGGACGAUGACAUCAGUAGGUUUAUCAGAUCUUUGCCAAAUUGGGAAAGUUUAAAAAGUGAAAUGCAAUCGCGAUCUGCACCAAUUGGCAGAAGAAAUCGUCGCCAAGAAACUCAAGAAGAGGAAAGCCCUGAAGAAGUGAGGCAACGCAAUUUACGGGAAGCUGAAAUUUUAGCGAGUAAUUUAGGAGAAGGCGGAAUUAAUGCUCAUGAAAUUAUUUCCGACAUAAAACAAUUAAAGACUUUGGCUCUUUUACAAGAAAGUAUUGAAUGGUUUUCUUCAUCAACAAGAUCCUUUAUUUCGGAUUUAAGACGCUCGCGUGGUGGAAUGGACAAUCAAACACUUGCACCUGACAUUUCGGAAUCUCUCAUUGAAUCUUUGGAACAAGUGGCUAAUGACUUUGAUGAGCUCGCAAAUACGUGUAUUCUUCUCUUACACUUGGAGGUAAGAGUCCAAUGUUUUCAUUAUUUACACCCCAGAGGAGAAUACGAUCAUUUGUGUAGCAAAAUCAAAGAUCCAGAAGAAGCAGAUCCGCGGGUUGAAGAUCUCAGUCGAGUUUUGCAGCAAAUCGACGAGGCUCUGCAAACAACACUGCAUCCUAAAAAAACAAAGUAUGUUUUCGAAGGAUUGGGUCAUCUUAUAUCAAAGAUUUUAAUUACUUCCGCACAAUAUAUCGAAAAAAUUGAUGACAGCGCAAUACACCGGAUGUGCAGAAAUGUAUUCACUCUUCAGCAGACAUUGACAAACAUAACCAUGACUAGAGAAUUGGCUCUUGAUUAUGCUCGUCAAUAUUUCGAACUUUUCUACGAAACACCUGAUGAAAUUAUCAAUACAGUUUUGGAGCAUGGACCACGCUUUUCGGAGCUGGAAUACAUGAAUGCUUUUCAGCUCAUCUCCAGAAGUCGAGAGGAAUACACAACGAUAAAUAAGUACCUCGAAAGACUUUCGGAAAUCCUUGGCGAAGUUGGAGUAACGGUUUAAAGAUGUAGGAUAAAAAGCGUCAAGUGUAGUUCACCAACUGUUGAAUCAAUAACCUAAUGGUUAGACGGAUUUUAUUCACAGAAUGCCUUGUAAUAUUUUAAUCAGAAUUGGUAUCCUUAUGGCAAAUUGAAUGAUUAACUGAGUAAUUUAAUUGUAAAUAGGUCAAAUAAAUUAAACUUGUUUUAUUAAUUUCUUCUUUAUUAUGAAUAUUGUUCUUUGCAAAUGUUUCUGAACAUUCAAAUGAAUAAAAUUUUUAUUUAAUGUUA